AUAAUAAUGCGCCAAACCGCUUCGUGAGAUAGUCACCUUUUUUUUUUCUUCAAUACUUACACUCUGAAAAGGUAUUGUACUCAGUAUACACUGUAUACCUGUAAGUACGUAAGACCGGUCGGUGAGUUUUCUAACAGAAAAAUUAUUGUAGUACGUCGAUAAUCGAUUUUCAACAUGAUUGCUUUUACGGUAGUCCUCUGUGCCUCGAUAGCUCUAUCGACCGGCCAAUACCAGAAACCAUCCAAAGACGCGGCCAUCUUGGAAGAAGCGCGAUAUUUAGCGGUAAAUGGUCAAUUCGGCUCAACUUACAAGCAAGACGACGGUGUCGAAUUCAAAGAAGAAUCCGACGGUCAAGGUAACCGCAAAGGCAGCUACAGCUACAUCGAUCCAACCGGACAACGUCGUACCGUCAGCUACACAGCAGGCAAAGACGGUUUCAGAGCGACCGGAGAUCACAUCCCAGUACCUCCAGUACCUCAAGCUCCAGUAGCUCCGGUAGCUCCUGCAGCUACAGCGACCAACAGUAUCCAGCAAACCGGUCAAUAUAAUCCAGAAGACGACUACCAGUACCAAGAUGAUAGCCAGUCUCAGUAUAAGCCGAGUCAAGAUUACAAUUACAACAAUAAUUAUCAAUUCAAUACACCUAAUACUCAAUUCCAACCUCAAUAUAAUCCAGUCCAGUUUCAAUACCGAUCUCCGGCUUUGAGCGGUGUACCUGCUGCCCCAGCUCCGGCUGCAGCUGUUCCUAGUUAUAAUCAAUAUACCAGCAGCGAACCUCCGCACAGAUUUUUCCCUCCUGGUAAACUUAGCUUGAAUAGAUCCCCGGAUGGGUUCAGUUAUACUUUUAAUAAAGUUUAGAGGAUCUCUCGCCUUUGUUAUAUGUAUCAGAUAAUGAGUCUAUAUUAUUGUUUCAUUUUUUUCCUAUGUACAUCUUCCUAUCGAAAUGAAAUAUGAAAUGAACACUGUU